GUAAUGUUUUGCCAUUUCUUUUCUUUUAGGCUUUCCCUAGACGUAGUCUCUGGCCCACUGGUUGGCAGAGAUCUUUGGUCUUGAAGUGAGAACUGUACCAAUGGACAGUAUGUCUAUUACCAACACGCCAACCAGUAAUGAUGCUUGCCUGAGCAUUGUUCACAGUUUGAUGUGCCAUCGACAAGGAGGGGAGAGUGAAACAUUUGCAAAGAGGGCUAUUGAAAGCUUAGUUAAAAAACUCAAGGAGAAAAAAGAUGAACUGGAUUCCUUGAUCACAGCCAUAACCACAAAUGGAGCUCAUCCUAGCAAAUGUGUUACCAUUCAGAGAACGCUGGAUGGAAGGCUUCAGGUGGCUGGUCGAAAGGGCUUUCCGCAUGUAAUUUAUGCACGGUUAUGGAGGUGGCCUGAUCUUCACAAAAAUGAACUCAAACAUGUCAAAUAUUGCCAGUAUGCAUUUGACUUGAAAUGUGACAGCGUCUGCGUGAAUCCAUAUCAUUAUGAGCGUGUUGUAUCACCUGGCAUUGAUCUUUCAGGAUUGACUCUGCAAAGUUCUGCACCUGCCAUGUUAGUAAAAGAUGAGUAUGUACAUGAUUUUGAAGGGCAGCCGUCACUGUCAUCUGCUGAAGGCCAUUCAGUUCAGACGAUUCAGCAUCCCCCGAGUAACAGAGCACCCACUGAAUCCUAUAGUACUCCAGCUAUGUUAGCGCCUUCUGAGCCUAGUUCUGCCAGCACUACAAAUUUUCCCAACAUUCCUGUUCCUUCCACAAGCCAACCCACCAGUAUGUUGGCAGGUAGCCACAGUGAUGGACUCUUACAGAUUCCUUCAGGGCCUCAGCCAGGGGCACAGCAGAAUGGCUUUACAGCUCAGCCAGCUACUUACCACCACAACAGUACAACAACUUGGACUGGUAGCCGUACCGCAGCCUACACGCCUACUAUCCCCCACCAUCAAAAUGGACACCUUCAACAUCAUCCACCUAUGCCUCACCCUGGACAUUACUGUAAGCAUGCACGUGUUAUUGUAUGCAUGGCUUUCGGUUGGGCUCUUGGUUUUCGAGAUGGCUUCUGCUCUACAAUAACGCUGCUUCUUUUUAAGGUAUUCGAUUUACGCCAGUGUCACCGCCAAAUGCAACAGCAGGCUGCUACAGCGCAAGCCGCAGCUGCUGCUCAGGCUGCCGCCGUGGCAGGGAACAUCCCUGGGCCAGGAUCUGUCGGAGGAAUUGCUCCAGCGAUCAGUUUAUCGGCAGCUGCUGGAAUCGGUGUGGACGACCUUCGGCGCUUGUGUAUCCUCAGGAUGAGCUUCGUGAAAGGAUGGGGGCCCGACUACCCGCGCCAGAGCAUCAAAGAGACUCCAUGCUGGAUCGAAAUCCAUCUACAUCGCGCCCUCCAGCUGCUCGAUGAAGUUCUCCACACCAUGCCGAUUGCAGAUCCCCAGCCCUUAGACUGAGACCGCACAGCUGUGAGCCACAACGGAGCGAGGAGGGUGGAUUGUAAAAAAUACCAUUUUGUUUAUUACGGGGAAGAUAUAUUUUACUUCCAUUCUGCUUAAUCUCUUAACCAGGUUUUAAAGAGAAAAUGUCUUUGCCACCUUGCUCUCAGCAGAAAGAAGCUGAACUUGUAACUCCAGAUAGUUCACACCUUCAGACCUUGGGUGGGCUACUUGUGGAAAGCUGUCACCAGCCAGAAAUUUUUUAGAUGGUGAUCGGGCAGGAUCACCGCUGCGUCUGUUUCUUGGACAUCUCAUUGAUUCGUGUGGGCUUCUUCUCAGAAUUAAUGGGGAGCUCACGCUGAACGAUCCUAUGCAUUUCAGGGAGCCUGGAGGUAGUGGGGGGGCUCACUUAUGCAGUCACCCAACUUGUCCUUGCAUGAGUCCAGCCCAAAUGAGCAAAAUCAUGUUGAUUAUUCUAAAGGGAGGAUUCAGAUGCUCUGCUCUAGUGGGCACUGGGGCAUGUCUCAUCAGGAGUUUUUUAUGUAAAAUUUUUAUGUAUGCCUAUUAUUUUAAAAAUGCACUAAAACUGGGAUGGGCUUCAGAGCUGGUAUCCAUUUUAAAGGCAACGUGAAACACACCAAUGAAAUUGUCUGCUAAAUUCAGUAGCGAAACGUCUGCAUUAUUCUACAUUCCCAACUGAUUUUAACUUUUACCAGCACGGAACUUCUUAAAUACACUUGAGCAAUUAAUUGGGACAGCGUGGAUCUGCUUACUGAACUUGGCGUGCCAUCUCAGACCUUCUUAAAUCAUGUUUAUGGUUGUACCGCUGAAAAUCCAGAUUUUAUAUUUUUCAAAAUUUCUACUCAGGGCAAGCUGGCAAACUUGUUUUUAUACUUCUCGGUUAUUUUAAGCUGUUUAUCUCAUCAACGAUCUUAUCUAUUUGCAUUGACUUUGUAUAGAGAAUUUCAAGUAGAAGUUGCAAAUGUAAUGGCUGUAUGACAGAUGCAUUAUGCUUCUAUAGUUAAUAAAACUAUUAGAAAACUCUG